UCAGCUUUAUAAACCCACACUCGACUUCGUUCACUCAGACUUUCUCUCUUGCAUCCUCACUGGUCCUCAAAGAUCAAAACAACCAUCACGAUGAUGAACAAGCCACUGCUCCUGCUGGUCGCGCUGACUUUCUGCUGUUGCAUCGCGUCUCUGCAUGGUUUUACUUUAAAUACCUGCCGCUGUAGAAAGACGACCAUGAGACCUGUUUUUGCUAAGAUGGUCAAGAAGAUUGAGGUGACUCCUGUUUCAGGACACUGCCCCCGAACUGAAAUCAUGAUCACUCUGAGGUCUGGUGCUAAGAUUUGUGUCAAUCCAGAGGCCAAGUGGUUUCCGAACCUUCUCAAAACUCUGCAAAAGAAGAACGCCGUCUCAACCCCUGAGUCACGCACUGCUUCAACACCUAGCUUCUGAUCACACGGCAGAUCAAUUCCUCCCUUCAUCAA